GUCGGUAACAAAUCAGAAAAUCACCGAUUUUUUUUCUUUCAGGAAAAUCGACUAGGAGAAGUUUGUCUAGCGUUGCGCUAUGUGCCCAACAAGAAUAAGCUUUCCGUUGUCGUCAUGGAAUGCAAAAACCUCAAGAAAAUGGACGUGCUGGGACUGUCUGAUCCCUACGUGAAGAUCUAUUUGAUGUUACAAAAUAAGCGAUUGGAAAAGAAAAAGACGACAAUUCAAGAUGAAAACACUGAAUCCUUAUUACAAUGA